AUGCAGGGAUCUGAAAUCGAAGCAUACACGAGGAGGUCUAAUGACUUAGCAACCUUGUGCCCUAACUUGUCUCGACCACUACCUCGUCGAAUCGAGUUGUAUCUCAAAGGCUUAGCCCCAGCUGUUAAGGGGUAUGUCACUGCUGCAAACCUAGACAAUCUACCUCGUAUUGUUCGUUUGGCACACAAGAUCACUGACCAGGAGGUCGAAAGUGGCAAUUUGCCGCCACGUGUUUCGGCUACUACCUCGACUGCCACCGCUACCACACCUGCCAGUGACAAUAAGCGCAAGUGGAACGAUACCGAUAAAGCAACUAGCGCAAGCCAACCCCAGAAAAGGCCUGAAACCAGCAACAACCGUAGUUUCAGUCAGUCUUCUUCAGUUAAUCAAGGUCCGGGCGGCAGCCAGAAUCAGGGUUCUUACGUCGGGAAGAAGCCACAAUGCAGCAAGUGUGGUUAUCAUCACUAUGGACAGUGUGUCCGGGCUUGUCGUAGAUGCGAGAAAUUGAACCAGAACGCCAACGGCAACAACCGCCAGAAUAACAACAGCAAUGCUGGAAACAACAACAACAAUGGCAACAAUGGGGGCAGUGGAGCUCGUGGUAGGGUGUUCAUGAUCGGGGCUGAGGAUGCUAGGAACGACGGCAAUGUCGUGACUGAGUUUAGUCAGCGACUAGGGUCAACCCCCACACCUUUAGAAGUUAAGCAAGCGGUAGAAUUAGCUGAUGGUAAAAUGAUAGAAGCUUCGCAUGUCCAUUUUGGGUGUAAACUAGAUCUCGUGGGUCAAAUAUUUGAUAUUGAUCUCCUUCCUAUUACCCUCGGUAGUUUCGAUAUAGUGGUUGGUAUGGAUUGGUUAUCUAAGCACCAAGCUGAGAUUCUGUGUAAGGAAAAGAUUGUGCGUAUUCCUAUACCCGAAGGAGAACCGUUGUUGGUCCAGGGGCAUCGCAGUGGCGCGAUGGUCGGUAUUAUUUCAGCUAUGCAGGUGCAGAAAUGCCUACGAAAGGGGUAUCCUUCUAUUUUGACACUUGUUACGGAUACUCCGUCAGAAGAAAGAAAGAUCGAGGAUCUGCCAGUGGUACGCGAAUUUGCUGAUGUAUUUCCUGAGGAGCUUCCUGGUUUACCUCCUCAUCAUCAAGUAGAAUUUCAGAUCGAGCUUGCGCCAGGAGCAGCUCCAAUCGCUCGUGCUCCUUACCGUUUAGCGCCUGGGGAAUUGCAAGAACUGUCUAAUCAGCUGCAGAAAGCAAGGAAGAUCACGGGCGACAUCUGCGCCUUAUCAUGGAACUCCUGA